UAUGCAGUGGAUGUGAUCCGGACAAAGAGAAGGGAUUUGGUUUAUGGUAUCUCACAUACUGAGGAUCUCCUGAAUCUUUUGGUUGCAGAGGGAGUUAUGACAACAGCAAGGAGAUCUAUUGUUUUGUCCAUCAGGACCCAUAAAGAUCAGAACUCCAGGGUCCUGGACAUCCUGGAGGCCAGAGGUGAACGAGCAUGUCGGAAAUUCUUCCAUCCGUGUCUUAUGCUGGCAGAACCUGAACUAUACCAGCGAAUCAAGACCUAUGUGAGGAGUAUGAACGAGCAAGUUCAAGAUAACAGGAGACAGCUGAUUGGGUAUUUGCUGGAGAGAGAUUGUGAAUGGGGGGGAAAAUUAACAGAUCAAAUUGGAACCCAGAGAACUUAUACUAAAAGGAUUAAAAAAGGAUCUAGUGUUACAAAGAAAGGAAGUGGUACCAUAGUACUUGCAACAUCAGAGCAUACACCAGCUCAAAGUAAACCAGAAAGCCUCAUUUACAUGGCUGCUAGAAAAGGGGAUCUCUUAUUACUUGAGGAGCUGUUAAAAGACAGUGAUAUCAACACUGUCAAUUCUUCCAAAGAAACUCUAUUACAUGUAGCUGCAGAAAAUGGGCAUUUAUCCAUCACUGAGCUCUUGAUUCAAAAGGGGGCUAGAUUGGACCUCCAGAAUGACGCUGGCCACACAGCUCUUCACAGAGCAGCCAGCAGAGGGCACACAGAGCUCAUGAAGACCCUAGUGAAGGCUGGGACCCCUAUACAUACUCUGGAUUUGAAAGGCAAAACUCCCAUUCACCUGGCAGCAGAAAAUAGGCAUCUGAAAUCUGUAAAACUCUUGGUGGAGGAGGAAGCCAGGCAGUCUGAAAGUCACAGACAGAAUAUGUUUCUGCACAUGGCUGCCAUGGAAGAUGAUUGGAGGUUGGCUGAGUUGCUGUUGCAGAGCGGGGCCACUGUUGAUGCCCUAAACAGCCAUAACAAAGCAGCUCUGUUUUAUGCAGUCAAGGAGCGCAAUGAGAAAACAAUGACUGUCCUUCUCAAUGCAGGGGCUAAAGCUGACUACGAUGUCAUAUAUGAAGCCAUUAAUCUUCAUCAAGAAUCAGUUCUCCGGCUGUUGCUUGCUAAUGCCAGAGGAGUCCUGAACAAAGACGCCCUGGGCUCUGCUCUCUUUUCAGCUGUUCGAAUGAACUUUGAUGGUGCGGUGAGUGCACUGAUAGACAGCGGAGCAGAUGUGAACAUGCGCGACGGUCGCAGAUAUACGCCUCUCCUACUGUCAGCUGAGCUGGGACACUCAGAAGUCUUCAGUGUUCUCGUAGCAAAAAAUGCAAAACUGGAUGCUACUUUAUCUGACCUCUCUUCAGCAUUGCACUUGGCCGCUCGCAGUGGUAGCAAGCCCAUAGUGCACACACUGCUAGAAAAAGGACUGGACCCAAACAUUAAGGGAGCUAAAGGCCAUACCCCUCUCCACCUGGCAGCUCAAUGUGACAGGCCUGACAUAACUGGUCUGCUGUUAAAAGGUGGAGCACAGGUAAAUGUAGUAGGCCAGGAUGGUCUGACCCCUCUGCAUAUAGCCAGCAUGCAGGGUCACACAGACACAGUGAUCCAACUUCUUCAUAACAAGGCAGAACCUGGAAUCAAAGACCGGCUGGGGAGGACAGCCCUGCACUGGGCAGCCUUUUCCCAGGUAGAUAGCUGUGUGGUGGACUUGCUGCUGUCAGCCAAAGCUGACCCAGAUGCCACUGAUACUGAGAAAAAAACUCCCCUCCACCUGGCUGCUAUGGAGGGGAAAGUAGACGUGGCGAUUUCACUGCUUUCCCACAGGGCAAAGAGGCGAGCUAGAGACAUGGAUGGCUCCACUCCUCUUCAUUACGCAGCAGCUGGUGGGCACGUCAGCGUGGUUACAGCCCUUCUUCAGUCGCUCAACAAUAAGGGGACUGCAGACAGGAAUGCAUGGAGGAAAACACCACUUCAUGCCGCAGCUGAGAAGGGGCAUGAUAGUGUAGCUCUGCGGCUCUUGGAAGCUGGGGCCAAGAUAAAUGCUACAGAUCACAAUAAAGACACACCUCUGCACUGUGCUGCACGUGGUGGACACCACAAAGUAAUGAAAAUAUUUGUAAACUGGGGACAAGCUGGAAAUGUAGGAUGGAGGAAUAAAGCCCAUCUGCAGGCUAAAAAUAAUAUAGGGAAGACACCAUUGCAAGUGGCAGAAACUAAACACACACCAGAGCAUGAGAACACUGCGAUUUUACUCAAGAGGAAGAUGUUUCUUAUGAAGUAA